AGUCCACAUAUGCUUCAAUACUCAGUGGUUAAGCCACAGUGGUAUUAUAUAUUUUGAUAAAUUACAUUUCAUUUCAAUCAGACCAUAAUACAAAAUGAGUGAGAGAGCGAUUUUUUUGGUUAUAACAAUCAGUUUAAGCGUUACUUGUGGCUUAGAUUUGUUUAGACGUGAUGGUAUUAAUGGAUAUAAUGGAUAUUUAGCAAAAAGAGAUGAAAUUAUAAUGUCGCCAGAUAGUAUAGCUGCAGAGUUUAUAGAUUCGAAAAAUUUAAUGAAACGAGAUACAAUAGAAGAUAUUGUAACGGAAACCACAACAUCUACGAAUGUUGAAAAUCAAGUGGUUAAUUCAAAUCCCGCAUCACAAUUAGUUAAACGAUGUAAUUAUGACCAGAUAUGUAGUAGCUCUAAUUCAGAAACAAAUAUAGAAACCCAUAAUGUUGAGGAAACAGCAACACAGGAAUCUUCAUCUUGCUCAUCAUCUUACUCAUCAUCCAGUGAAACUGAUGAAAUAGUUAAGAAUGAUUCAGGUAAGAUAUGUCAAUGCUCUGAUUCAAAAACAAAUGUAGAAGUCCGUGAUAUUGAGAAAAAGGAAAAAAAAGAAAAAAAGGAAUCUUCAUCUUGCUCAUCAUCCAGUGAAACUGAUAAAAAGGUUAAGAAAGAUUCGGAUAAGCAAUUUAAAUGCUCCGAAUCAAAAUCAAAAGAAGAAAACCGCGAUAGCCAGAAAAAAGAACAAAAAGAAAAAAAGAAAUCUUCAUCUUCCUCAUCAUCUAGUGAAACUGAUAAAAAGGUUAAGAAAGAUUCGGAUAACAAAUGUAAAUGUUCUGAUUCUAAAACAAAGGGAGAAAACCACAAUAGUGAGGAUAAGAAAUGUAAAUGCUCUGAUUCAAAAACAAAUGUAGAAACCCGUGAUCUUGAGAAAAAAGAAAAAGAGGAAAAAAAGGAAAAAAAAGAAAAAAAGGAAAAAAAAGAAAAAAAAGAAAAAAAGGAAUCUUCAUCUUGCUCAUCAUCUAAUGAAACUGAUAAAAAAGUAAAGAAAAAUUCGGAUAAGAAAUGUAAAGGUUCUGAUUCAAAAAACAAAGGAGAAAACCAAGAUCGUGAGAAAAAGGAAAAAAAAGAAAAUAAAGAAAAAAAGGAAAAAAAAGAAAAUAAAGAAAAAAAGGAAAAAAAGGAAUCUUCAUCUUGCUCAUCAUCCAGUGAAACUGAUAAAAAGGUUAAGAGAGAUUCGAAAAAGGAAAAAAAAGAAAAAAAGGAAUCUUCAUCUUGCUCAUCAUCCAAUGAAACUGAUAAAAAGGUUAAGAAAGAUUCGGAUAAGACAUGUAAAUGCUCAGAAUCAAAAACAAAAGGAGAAAACCGUGAUGGCGAGGUUAAGAAAUGUAAGUGUUCUGAAUCCAAAUCGAAAGAAGAAAAACGUGAUAACGAGAAAAAAGAAAAAAAAGAACAAAAAGAAAAAAAGGAAUCUUCAUCUUGCUCAUCAUCCAAUGAAACUGAUAAAAAGGUUAAGAAAGAUUCGGAUAAGAAAUGUAAAUGCUCUGAUUCAAAAACAAAUGUAGAGAUCCGUGAUGUUGAGAAAAAAGAAAAAAAAGAGAAAAAGGAAAAAAAAGAAAAAAUAGAAAAAAAGGAAUCUUCAUCUUGCUCAUCAUCCAAUGAAACUGAUAAAAAUGUUAAGAAAGAUUCGGAUAAGAAAUGUAAAAGCUCUGAUUCAAAAACAAAUGUAGAGAUCCGUGAUGUUGAGAAAAAAGAAAAAAAAGAAAAAAAGGAAAAAAAAGAAAAAAUGGAAAAAAAGGAAUCUUCAUCUUGCUCAUCAUCCAAUGAAACUGAUAAAAAGGUUAAGAAAGAUUCGGAUAAGAAAUGUAAAAGCUCUGAUUCAAAAACAAAUGUAGAGAUCCGUGAUGUUGAGAAAAAAGAAAAAAAAGAGAAAAAGGAAAAAAAAGAAAAAAUAGAAAAAAAAGAAUCUUCAUCUUGCUCAUCAUCCAAUGAAACUGAUAAAAAGGUUAAGAAAGAUUCGGAUAAGAAAUGUAAAUGCUCAGAUUCAAAAAACAAAGGAGAAAACCGUGAUGAACAGGAUAAGAAAUGUAAAUGCUCCGAUUCAAAAACAAAUGUAGAAACCCGUGAUGUUGAGAAAAAAGAAAAAAAGAAAUCUUCAACUUGCUCAUCGUCCAAUGAAACAGAUAAAAAGGUUAUGAAGGAUUCGUGCAAUAGUUCAGAUUCAAUAAAAGAAAUUGGAGAAAUUAAGAGUGGUAGCCGAAGAUAUUCUGAGUCGAAAUCUGACGUAAUAAACAGUGAAAUUAUGAAAAAUGAAAACAAAAAAACCUCAUCUACAUCAAUAUGCAACGAAAAUAGUAAAUCUGGAAUGUGCCAAUCGGUCGACCAAUACAGAUCAAAGACAGAUGAUGAAAUUACGGGAACGAUGAAUAAUGAAAAUAACAUAUCGUCAUCUUCUAUGUCAUCUGGAAGUAAUACAAAAGGAAUUAAGCAAUUGAACAACCAACAAAUUAAUUAUUCUGAGUCGGAGACUGAAGAACAAGACAAUGUAACGAUGUUAAAUGAAAUAAACGAAUCUUCUUCAUCUUCAUCGUCCCGCUGUGGAAGUAGUAAAAAUGAAAUAAACAAAUCGAAUAAUCAACAAUAUACUUAUUCCGAGUCAGAUAAUGAAGAACACGACAAUGAAACGAUGUUAAAUAGAGAAAUUAAUUCUUCAUCUAAAUCAAUGGGCUAUGGAUGUAGUAAAAAUGAAAUUAACCAAUCGGGGUUACAACGUAGUAGUUCAGAAUUAAAUGUAGAUGAAAAAUCUAUAGCAAUGAUAAAACAAGGAAGCAAAUCAUCAACAACUUCAUCAUCAGGUUAUAAUCAACGUAGCAUGGUAGAAUCAAAUUCUGCACGUGGAGAAUCAAAAAAUAUUAUGGUAAAGGAUCAAUCUACGUCGUCUUCAUUGUACAGCCAAGAAGAUGAAAAUGCAAUGGGAAUCGCGAAAAAAGAACAAUUGGGAUAUUCAUCUUCUUCUACUUAUAUUUCUGGCGGUAAAACAGAAAUUAAUCAAGCGUCACAAAGGUCAGAAUCAAACCAAUUUGAGCGAAAUGUGAAUUAUAGCGAAUAUGAAAAUCAAGAAGAAGAAGAAGAAAGCCAAUCUGGAUGCUCCUAUUAAUGAAUCUGAUAUUAUCUAAUUUAUUAUAAUAUUGCCAUUGAAUAUUAAAUUUUUAAUAUCUUGUAAAAGGCUUAACAAUUUUAAAUACAAUUAAAUUAAAUUAAUAUA